UCUCGACACAAAUCAUGUCGUGACGGAUACCAAGGGGAUAUAUAUCGACAUUGUCAAAAUGGUAUUUAUCUCAACUCCGUUGACAAUUGUACAAGAUGGGUCAUACAGGAAACUUACAUUCAGGUGCUAAAUGGCUCUCUGAAUUUCACGGAAGCUCUAACGAAAUUAAAGCCAGAAACGAACACCUUUACAGAAGCAGACGUUAAUUUAUUAACAGCAGGCGAACUUCAAACUGUUAAUAAGAUUCUCGAUAAAGCCAUUGACGACAUCGAAUUGAAUACUGAUACAAUCGAGAACGACACUGACAGUUUCUUUGACGUUGUGAAUGAUUUACUGGAUGGAAAUCUGACAUCGUCAUGGAAAAGUUUGAUAAAUGAAAAUGGAGUUGGUGCCGACUCCGUAAUAACAACCAUUGACCGGUUUAUUUCGAAAGUUGUGAACUCGUCUGACCUGGGUUUGAACAAGAAGUUCGACAAGCCAAACUUGUUAAUAGAAAUUGGGCAAGUAGAGGAAUGUGACAAAAUUACUUUCCCGUCAACGACUGAGAAAAUAAAAGGAACUACGGGAGCUCACAUUGUCGUUGGCUGUGGACCAGGUGAACAAGUAUUCAGCGGUAGUGUAUACAAGAAUGUGUCGGGAAUGUUGCCUACCGCUUUAAACGAUAUCGACUCAUUAGACGGUUCAAUCAACGGUCCGGUCAUGUCCUUUAGUUUCAAAAGAAAAGAAACCAGAACAGAGGACGUCAAUAUAACGUUCCACAUCUUUGAUAAAAAACUAACUGAUCCUUCCUGUUCCUACUGGAAACAAAAUUUAAGUAGCCAGAAAGGCCUCUGGUCCACUGAUGGAUGCAAUUUAGAACACUUUGACAGAGAACGAGGAGUCGUGAAGUGCCAUUGUAACCAUCUGACAAAUUUUGCGAUCCUCAUGAGCCCCGCCAGUAUUACUGAAACGGAAAGUGUUCACCACCGUCGCCUUGGGGUCAUGUCAAUUGUGGGAUGCAGUAUAUCUAUACUUGGCAUGAUUCUUACCAUUUCCUCUUACGCCUACUUCUGGAGGGCAGUACGUUCGAAUAGGUCAAUUAUACUCCUCAACCUUUGCACGGUUCUUCUUCAGGCAUACGCCCUGUUCCUUGCAGGGGUGGACAAAACUUCACAACAUGUCUUGUGCACAUCCAUUUCUGUUUUACUCCAUUACAUAUUUUUGACUGCCUUUUUCUUGAUGCUAUCAGAAGGAUGCAUUAUUGCACAGUUGGUACUCAGACCCUUGGAUACAAGGAACCGUUUGCACACGUGGCUUGGAAUUUCUUACGGAGUUCCGUUGGUAAUUGUGAUUAUUUCGGCUGCAGUAUUUAGGCUUGAAGGAUAUGGAAAUGAUCAAUUCUGCUGGCUGAGCAUUGAUACAGGACUUAUCUGGACCUUUGCUGGACCGGCAUUGGCAAUAAUAGGUGUUAACUCAAUUAUCACGGUUGCUGUCAUCAAAAGUCUGUUUGGAACUUCCAUCAUGUCGAAGAAAGAAAUUGCUGACAAAAUGAAGAAAGUUCAUUUAUUUAUUUCGUUGCUCUAUUUAUUUUGAUGUUCAUGAAUUGAAUAUGUAAAUAAUAUCGUUUUUCCAUAUUUAAUCGUUCAGAAUUGGCAAAUAAUCCAGUAUUAUCAAAGAAAGUUCUGUUAAACUUAGCUUAACUUGUCGGAAUAACACGCAUUAUGUUUCACCAAAUUUAACC